UGGUCACCCACCAAUCCGGCAAUGUUCGCGUCAGUGGAUGGUAACGCGAAUUUCUCGUUAUGGAAUUUGAAUGAUGAUACCGAGGUUCCGAUCGUCAAUACUCACGUUGGAAGCGGCAAGGCAUUGAAUAAACUACAAUGGGACAAGGAAGGUCGGAGAGCCGCUAUUGGUUCCUCGGACGGACGUGUACACAUAUACGAUAUUGGCGAGUUAUGCAUCCCACGUGAAGACGAAUGGACGAGAAUGCAAAAGACGGUUUCAGAAAUGAUGGUAAGUGAUGACAUGCUCGGAAAACACUCAGUUCCAAAAGUAGAAAGAGCAUGA